CCCCAGAAACUUGCGUGUCUGGGUUCGUGACGGUUCGUGCCACCCGAGAUGGGGCCGGACGACCCCUCGGGGUCUCCGGACAACAAAUCUUGCUUGGCUUAACCCAUGUUAAAGCCAGCUAUUUUGCAAGAAUGCAGCUUACACGCUUCAGCUCCCGCACCGUGGGUGUCCGCGCUAGGCCGAGUCGCGCGGCAACUGUGCUGGUUCGCGCGGAUGGAGUUCAGGACCUGCUAGCGCGCGACCGCAAGCAGCCAAAGCUCGCAGAUCCAGAGCUUCUAUCGGAGAAACCAUCAACCAAAUCCAAGGAAGUGCUGAAGACCAAGGAGGCGCGGCGGACGUCAGGGCGGUCUCGAGGGUCGGAGGAGGUGCCGGAGGACCCCAACCGCCCCAAGCGCUGCAAGGAGGCCAUCGAUAAGGGUCUGGAGCUGUUCAAGCAGAAGCAGUACGACCAGGCCGUGGCCAUGUUCAACCUGGCUCUGGAGCUGCCCGGCAACGGUGCAUACCGCCUGCAGGGGUCACCGCGCGAGUUCAGCUGCCCCUCGGACGCGGAGGAGCAGGCGGCGCUGUACAACAUGUCGUGCGCCUACGCGCAGAUGGGGCAGCGGGAGGCGUGCCUCACGUGCUUGGAGGCGGUGCUGGAGAGCGGGUUUGAGGACUACACCACCAUGCGUGCCGACCCCGACCUGGCGCCGGUGCGCGGCCCCGCCUUUGACCAGCUGCUGGGGAGGUACGACAGCCCUCUGGCCAAGCUCAGGAAGAUCCUGCCCGGCUCCAGGGACAAGCAGGUGCUAGUGUCCGACACCAACAAGCCCUGGGUGCUGUGGUGAGGGACCUGUGGACUGAGCAAGUGAGCUGGCAGGAGGGAAAGAGACGGAGCGUUGGAUGACUGGCGGGAGCGGCGGAGCGGCGGGGGGAGCUUGGCGGGCGAGAGGGUGCUGCUCGAAGCGAAGCAUGACGUGUGCGGCGUGUGACUGUGUGUUGGUGACUCAUUACCAAGGUGGAUGUGAUGCGGGGUCGUGGAGCAGCAGCCGAUGAGCGGACGAGGAGACGAGGGAGACAGGAGGAGUAGGGGAUACAGCGAGUAGGGGCGAAAGUGGGCUCCACAUUGGCAUACAGAACAGGACGCACUGAGUGCUCUGGCGUGGCUCUUUGCAAGCAGGUGCACCGCUGCAGUUGUAAGGGGCUGGGCGCUGCGGUGCUGACUUUGUCGGAGUCGCGGUGGUGCGGGGGGGGGGGGGGUGCCAUGCAACCUGAUGCAACCGUGCCCGUACGACGU